AGGUCUCCUGCUGCACGCCCAAAGAUUCUCUCCUGCACAAUGACAUCCCCCCUCACCAUCAUUGUCCAGCACCGAGCCCACGGCUACAGCAGAGAGCCCAGUCCUCCUCCUCGUCCUGUUCUCUGUCUCUCAGAGCGGGCCGACUGCAUCUCCCGUCUUCUCCAAACGCCUCCCCUCUCUCCUUUUUAGGCCACCGUCUGGAGGCUUACAGCAGAAGCCCCGCAGAAGCCUACAAACCAGUCGAAUCCUGUACCAAAGUGAACCUGGAAAUCCAGCGCGUUGCAGGAGACCACAGGAGGAGAGAGAGCCUCCUUUCUCCGUCCCUCCCUCUCCUGGCCCUCUUCCCAGCCAUCGCUCCCGGCGGCCAGGAGAGCUUUGAGUGUUUGGACUGUCAUGAAGAGCACUUGAGCUUCUCAGGCCUGGCCAAACACAAGCAGCUCCAGUGUGAGUGGAGCAGCAAGAAGUACUUCAGCUGUAAGUACUGCGAGAAGGAGUACGUUAGCCUGGGAGCGCUCAAGAUGCACAUCAGGACACACACGCUGCCCUGUGUGUGUAAACUCUGUGGAAAGGCGUUCUCCAGACCCUGGCUGCUUCAGGGACAUAUACGAACACACACAGGAGAGAAACCGUUCUCGUGUCUCCACUGCAGCCGAGCUUUUGCCGACCGAUCCAACUUGCGAGCUCACCUCCAAACCCACUCUGAAGUGAAAAAGUACCAGUGUACAAGCUGCUUCAAGACCUUCUCCAGGAUCUCAUUGUUAGCCAAGCACCAAGAGGCAGGCUGCCCGCUGUCCUGACAGCCUGCAAACGUCAACCCGCUCCAAAACAGUUUUCUGUAGUUUCACUGUAGGCUCAACAACAGUGACUCUGGGCGGACCUGGUAUGAUCGUGUGGAUCACAAAAAUGUCUGAGCAGAGGAAAGAAGCUGUGCCGUGACACUUUGAGUUUAUGACAGCCUUUUUCUUCCAUCAAAAACAAUGGGCCCCAAUCACUAAUACGUGCACAGAAAUGUUCUAACUUGACACAGAAAAUAAAUGUGCAAGCAAAAUUACAGUGGGAUUAAUGAAACAUGCACACUGGCCAAUUUUGGUAGCACUGUCCUUACAGUAGUAAAUCAGAAUCAUUCUAAAUUGACAGCAUUUAGUUAAAAGAUGUGUUUUAUGGUCCAGUGGAUUCCUUCAAAUGUCAUUAGGAGCACUAAGAGGAGCCAGAGGAACCUGAUUGUUUCACACAUUAGGAUAUAGUGAAAGUUUCAGCAAAUAUGACAAAAAGUCAUUUUCUUAUAAAAGUUACCUACUGAAUGAGGCCCAGUGAUUUUACAGAAGAAGCUUGACAAAAUGACGUAUUAACAUGUGUAACUGCCUGUCAGAAACCACUUGUUUAGUUACCCAAGUGUGUGUGUUACUAACAUGUAUUUUUAUUAGUUUGCAAGUUUACAAUGCACAGAUUGAGAACACUACAACUCGGCAACAGCCACAAAUGAAUGUUAAUGUUUGCUAACAGUGAUGGUAGAACUGACUGACCAGCACUAGUACUGUCAGUUGUUUCAGACAGUUACACUGUCUCAGCCAUUAUAGAGCCUUGUCACUCCCCCUCUGUGAUAGGAUGCUCCCCUGACCUCAUCUGAGAUGUGAAUCAGAAUCAUUCUAAAGGUGGAAUUACAUGUAUGUGUCCCAUCGUCCAUGUCUCCAGGUCUGGAUUUAUAGUAAGGUGUUGGACUUCCAAUGCUGAUAUUACCCCCACAAUGAUGACACCCAUCAAGCUGUAUGUAUCAUUCUUUAACGCUCCAGUGUGUAGGAUUUAAUUGCACCUAGUGCUGUAGUUGCAGAUUGAAAUUAUGCUGGCCAUGAAACAUGCGAAAAACGUGAGAGCAACUAUUUAGAGCAACUAUUUAGAGCCAAAUGUUUGUCUGCUCUGGGCUACUGUAGAAACAUGGCUGACUCCACGGAAGGCGACCCACCUGUGAAGAUAAAAAUGAUUCAUUCUAAGGUACAGAGCAGUUGUUAUUUUCAGGUGAUUAUACACUAAAAAACUGCAUUUUGUUUGAAAUGCUCUUAAACUGUCUGAAACUUUAGAAGUACUGGAAAAAACUUUAUGCUCUGUCAAAACACGUCAUUUCAUUGUAUUAAAAAUGUUUAAUGUAUAUUUUUGUAUUAAAAACGCUUGUUGACUUGA